GUUUUUCGGUCUGAGCUUUUUUGAUCUACCUACUCUUCAUUUUUUGGUGUUCCAUUAUUAUUCGAUAAGCCGUUCUCCGCCAAUGUCCAACAUUUACCUCGACGAUCGCAUGUACGGCAAGGCUGAUGUGCGCCUGCUCCACGUCCGCCGCGAGACUCGCUUCCACCAUGUUGUGCACGAGCUGCGCUGCCGUGUGCUGAUGCGCCUCGCCUCGGAGAUUGACUUUGUGACGGGCGACAACCGCGAUAUCGUCGCGACCGACACGACCAAGAACACGGUCUUUGCCCUCGCCAAGAAGGUGGGAGUGACCUCGGCCGAGCAGUUUGCGUUGGCAAUCUCAAAGCACUACUUUGACCAGUACAAGCAUAUUGAGGCAAUGGAUGUCAGCAUUGACGAAACCCGCUGGACUCGCGUGCAAACCUCCGAGCAGCCCAAGCCCCACUCGCACGCUUUCAUCAAUGCCCGUGAGUGCGUGCGAACCAUCUCCGUCACCCAGACGCGCGGCCAGCAGCCCGUUCUCACCUCGGGCAUCAAGGAACUGGAAAUCAUGAAGACCACGCAGUCUGGCUUUGAAGGCUACAUCAAGGACGAGUACACCACUCUGAAGCCCACUGCCGAUCGCGUCUUCCGCACUGUCGUCUCGUGCCAGUACACUUUUGACCCGGCGAACGUGCACUCCAUCGACUACGAGGCCGUCUUCCAAACGGCUCGGGAUGCCAUUCUUUCGGAGUUUGCCGGCCCUUCGGAGCAGGGUGUCUACUCGCCUUCCGUCCAAAACACCAUCUACUUGGCCCAGAAGCGCAUCAUUGACCGCGUCGCCGCCGUGUCGCGUGUCACCAUUGAAAUGCCAAACCGCCACUGCAUCUUGGUUGACUUGUCGCCUUUCAAGCUGCAAAACAACAACGAGGUGUUUGUCGUCACUGGCGAGCCUGCUGGCCUCAUCCGCGCGUCCAUGUCUCGUCUCGGCAGCUCGAUCAAGUCCAAGCUUUAAGAGAAUCAGCCAACCGUUUGUUUUUUCAAUGCUGUGUGUCUUAUUCACACGGUUGCGACCGCAUGUCUGAAGCAUUGAAUAUGAACCACUUGCAUUUUGCAAUAAAAGUGUAGUGAAAUGAA